AAGGAGGACCAAGCAAAAUCAAAGACGAAACUUCUUGGAAAAUUGAAAGGGAAACCUCGAAGAAAGACGCCAGAGUUUAGUUUCGGUCCUUUGAACGAGAGAGAGCAAGCACGUUGGGACCAUGGUGAGCACACGUAGAAGAAGACUUGCCGCAGAAACGCCCGAGUCUCCGGAAGCAACCCCGAAUGGUCAAGACAAAGAAACAACAACGCCGCAAAGGGGGGGUCCUUCAUUCAAGGGGACACCCAGAAAAAUCGAGAAGGAAAUGACAACGCCAAAACGAUCGAGGAGUCCAACAAGACAAUCCAGAUCCAAGAGUCCUACACCAAAGAGGGAGAGAUCCAAAAGUCCCACCAGACAAUCCAGAUCCAAGAGUCCACCAAAACAGUCCCCUGACAAAAGCCCUGCUGCAAAGAAAACCAAAGAUUCCAUGGAAACUGCAAAGGAACCAGUCAAUGCAAGCGAGGUAAAAGAAAUCGAGCAGCAAUCCACAGUCUCCGAUUUGCCAGUGAUCCAAGAGAGCAAACCUGAUGAAAGAGACACUGAAGCAGCAAAAGCUGAAAAGAAUCAAUCUCCUUCCCCAAAGAAAAGUUCUCCAGGACGUAGUAAGGCAUCAUCCAAAACGCCAGUGGAGAGCAAAGAGGUACCCAUGGAAGAAGAAAAGGGUGGUGACAAUAGCAUAAAAUCAGGUGGAUCUCCUUCCCCAAUCAAGCCCUUUUUGAAGAUUGCAGAAUACAAGAAAGAGCAGCAAGAAGAAAAGGAAACCCCCAAUUCGCGCAAAUCCAAAAGGAAAAACAACAACAAAAAGAAUGGCAGCACCAAAACCAGCGGCUCCCCUUCACCAAACAAGCCAUCAGGUACAGUGUCUGAAACAACUGAAUGCAAAGAUGAUGUUCCCAUGGAGGAAGAGCACGAGGCAGACAAAGACACUGAUAAAAAAACAGAUGGCAAGUUAGGCAAGUCCAAAACACCACAAAAGCAAGAGGAGACCCCAGGGGCGUCGUCAGCACAAGAAGACGAGGCAGCUUUUGUUGAAAAGUCAACAAAGCCGCUCCAACGUUUGCCCAAAAUCACGACAUUAGUUGGGAAAACAACCACCACCAAACGAAAAAAGAAGAAAGCCCCUCGCAACGAACUGACGAGCUUCAUUCCCGGCUAUACGGCCAAACUCCAACUGGACUCUUCGUCUCUUGACAGUCAACGACCCGGCUUGGAUGCCUUGCGCAAGCGUGCGUUGGUUACCGACAAGACAACCGCAGGAUUUGUCAAGGGAACAUUGGCCAACCAAAAGCGCACCGAAGCGGUCGUGGCAACACAGCAACACAAGACAACAAUGACAUGGUCCUCCACGAAAGAUGGCAAAGUGGUCAAGUCAUCCUUCAAACUGGGAACCAAACGGGACGCUCCCAAUCAUGCCGGAGAUCAAUGGUUUGGCAUGGUCCCGACACCCAUGACAGAAGAUGUCAAACGCGAUCUCAAGGUGAUCCGCUAUCGUAACUAUUUGGAUCCCAAACGAUUCUAUAAAUCGGCCGAUACCACCAGCAAGUUUGUCCAAGUGGGAACUGUCGUGGAAGGGACUGCGGAAUUCUACUCGUCGCGGUUGACCAAGAAGGAACGACGGGCCAAUCUGACGGAAGAGCUUAUGGCGGAUCACGCCACGGCCGACUAUACCAAACGCAAACACACAUCCAUGCAACAAGCAAAGGGUCAACAAAGUCGAAAGAGGCAAAAGCAAACGUCAUCCAAGAAACGUGGCAAGAGAUUUCAUGCAUAGCGUACAUGUCAGACGAUAUUGGAAGCCAACAGCUGUAAUAGCUCUUGUAUGCAUGGUAGUGUACGAGUGCCCUAUCGGUCUAUUGAUGGGGAUGGAUACUGUAGCUAGCUAAAAGGCAUAAUCGUACCAUCCAGCCUACCGAUCGCAUUUCUGUAAUACGAACCGUUGUCCUUGCUUAGCAUCUGGAGAAGCAAAAUGGAAAGCUUUUGUUCAAGCAAAUCUAAACCUUAUGUUGAUGGCGAGGGAUCCUGUAGCUACCGGUAGCUAAGGCAUAACCGUGCGAUUGAAAGGAAAAAGCGGAAAACCAGCCCACAUUAGUCCUUUGGGUGAGAGCCCCAACCCAUGUGGCCCAUGUUUUUGCGGCUGCGUUCCUUGUUUCAGAUGGUCAGUCAAAGAAAGGGGAGAACCUAAAUGUACAAAGGACCAACUGCCAUCCAGCCUACCAAUCCCAUUUCUGUAAAACCAACCGUUGUCCUUG